CUCCAAGAUGGGGGACAAUGUCGCUCCGUUCCCAGCUUUACUGGGUGACUGAGAUAGCGCGCCUGAUGGUAACGCUCUACAAAGCAGCGAGAUCCUCCGCAUGAACGAACCCCCCACGUCCAAUUAUAGCCUUGCUCCAGAGCCCCAGAGACCUUAAAAAGAGAGAGAGAGAGAGAGAAAAAAAAGAGAAAUUAAACGCCAAGCUGAGCGGGACACACGGCACUGCCAUGGCAGGGGAGACCUCGGCUGGGAGUGUGGCAGCGGGCGACAGGAGGGGAAGGACGUAUAGGCCAGAAAUGACCCGUGCUUGACCGGGGACGACUCAGGAGGCCGGUGAACGAUUCAUUGCGUGCCAGCUUGAGAGAGCGAAAAGGUUGUACGGCACAAGCGAUGGCGGACAAGGUGAACAAGCUGCCGUACUUCUACGGCAACAUCACCCGCGAGGACGCGGAGGGCUACCUGAAGCAGGGCGGCAUGGGCGACGGCCUCUACCUGCUGCGCCAGAGCCGCAACUACCUGGGCGGCUUCGCCCUGUCGGUGGCCUACGGCCGGCAGGUGUACCACUACACCAUCGAGAGGGAGCUGAACGACACGUACGCCAUCGCCGGCGGGAAGUCGCACCGUAACCCGGUGGAUGUGAUCGACUACCACGCGCAGGAAGCCGACGGCCUCAUCUGCCUGCUCAAGAAGCCCAUGAACCGGCCCAAGGGCAUGGAGCCCAAGGUGGGGGCCUUCGAGGACCUCAAGGAGAAGCUGAUCCGGCAGUACGUGAAGCAGACGUGGAACCUGCAGGACCAUGCUUUAGAGCAGGCCAUCAUCAGCCAGCGGCCCCAGCUGGAGAAGCUUAUCGCCACCACAGCCCAUGAGAAGAUGCCCUGGUUCCAUGGCACCAUCACACGCGAUGACUCGGAGCCACGCCUGCUCAAAAGCCCGCGCACCAACGGCAAGUUCUUAAUCAGACAGAGGGAUAGCAACGGCUCCUAUGCCCUUUGUCUCCUCCAUGAUGGGCAGGUCAUGCAUUAUCGCAUCGACAAAGACAAAGCGGGGAAGCUCUCCAUACCUGAUGGCAAGAAGUUUGACACACUCUGGCAGCUGGUGGAGCACUACUCCUACAAGCCAGACGGGCUCCUGCGAGUUCUCACUGAGCCCUGCUCGCGGCCCGACGGAGCGCACGAUAUAGGCCGGCCAGCUCUACCAGACCACCAUCCGCAAGGAGCCACAGGUGGAAUACUCUCAAGAAUCAAAUCAUACUCCUUCCCCAAACCUGGCUCCAAAAAGCAAGGAAACUCCAGUCGUAAUAAAACAACAGACAAUCUCAAUACUUAUGAAACAAGGGGUCCCAAUACUACCGAUGCCAUGCCCAUGGACACCGAGGUGUACGAGAGUCCGUACGCGGACCCCGACGAGCUACGGCAGACCCACGUGGACCGCAGUCAGCUGUUCCUGGAGGAUGGAGAGCUGGGCUCCGGGAACUUCGGCACCGUCCUCAAGGGAAUCUACACCAUGAGGAAGACCAAGAAGCCGGUGGCGGUGAAGAUCCUGAAGAACGACGACAACAAUGCGGCAGUGCGGGACGAGAUGCUGCGGGAGGCCAACGUCAUGCAGCAGCUGGACAACCCCUACAUCGUGCGCAUGAUAGGCAUCUGCGAGGCCGAGAACCUCAUGCUGGUCAUGGAGCUGGCCGAGCUGGGACCGCUGCACAAAUACCUGCAGAGGCAUAAAAUGAGUGUCUCCAGUAAGAACAUCACUGAGCUGGUACACCAGGUGUCCAUGGGGAUGAAGUACCUUGAGGAACACAACUUUGUCCACAGGGACCUUGCUGCCCGAAACGUGUUGCUGGUCACCCAGCACUACGCCAAAAUCAGCGACUUUGGCCUCUCCAAAGCCCUGACGGAGGAGGAGAACUAUUACAAGGCCAAAGGACAUGGGAAGUGGCCAGUGAAAUGGUACGCCCCUGAGUGCAUGAACUACUUCAAGUUCUCCUGUAAGAGUGACGUCUGGAGCUUUGGGGUUCUCAUGUGGGAGGCCUACUCGUACGGCCAGAAACCCUACAAGGGCAUGAAAGGAAAUGAGGUCAUCCAGAUGAUUGAGAGUGGACAGAGGAUGGACGCACCGGCUAACUGCCCCCCAGAGAUUUAUGAGCUCAUGAAAAAGUGCUGGACAUACAAGGCGGAUGAGAGGCCAGGCUUUUCAGUCGUCGAGCCGAGGCUGAGAGAUUAUUACUAUGACAUUGCUGCACAGUGAUCCUCAAGCAGGAAGACUUAACUGUACCAUAUGAAGAGCAAUCCGACAUUUGUACAAGAUUGAUGGAUUUACUUCCAUUUUGUUUUACAAAAAUUGCAGCAGUUGCCAGGAAAGAAGAAACUCCAUGUAGUUAAUCAAGUUUAGAAGACUGUUAAGAUGAUAAAGGCAAUACAUUUUAUGUAUUUUUAGUUAUGACAGUUUUUUCCCUUAAAUAAUAAUUAUUGUCAUAUGAUGUAUUAUUUUUUACAGCAUGCAGCUAUAGCACGAUUUUCUUUUUCCCAUGCUACCUUUUAGUACUUUUUCAUAAUCCAUAUAAUCAUCCCUUUAAGGCUUUCAGUAGAUGCUUGAGUCUCUCGCUUGUAGUGAAACAAUUUACAAUUUGGUAUGCAAUGUUUUACACACACAGUAAGACUAUGUUUUUUCUUACAGAACUGCAGUACAUAUAUGCAAAUCUGAGUCUGUAUGUCGUCUCUUCCUGACAUUAGAUAUGUUAUGCAAAUAUGGGGUGCUUUGCUCUGUUUACUUUUCUGCAUCUGUUUUAGCAUCUCACAAAUAUAUUGCAAUAAAGUCCAGUUUAUUUUAUGUGCCACUGUCAAUGACGAAACUUUGCACUGAGGAAAGAUAUGCAAACUUAAAAUACCAAGCUCGUACUGAGGCAUAUGGACAUGGACAAAUAAAAUGAUGGGUGAGCCAGUUAUAGCCUACCUACACUCAUUCAGAUUAAGUAUUGAUGAUAACUUGUGUGUUUCUGUGUGUACAUUUGAAUUUUUGUAUAAUUUUGUAUUUGUAGCAAAAUGCAGUUGAACACUAGCUGGAUAACUAUGUUUAACUGCAGUAUACAACUUUAAUGCUGAAUAUUCUAUUAACAGAAACAAGUAGAAUUUGUACCCUAGUUGGAAUUUGUACCCUAGUGUGCCGUUGAUGCUACGAAGGGAAUGUACUUCAUCUCCAUACUUCCAUACUAGCGUUACACUUGCAAUUCAUCUUAUGAGUGUUAUUUAAAUGCUGUUUUGUUUGACAAAGUUCUGGAUGCCGAGUGAGUGUUAACAUAGAAAUAUUUAAACUGUACAUCUUAAAAUCACAUAAUUGGAUGGAACCAUACUGUACAUUUCUGAGCAUUCGAUUUCAACCUGCACUAAACAUCUCAAUUGCUUGUUUGCCAGACACAUUUAUUCAGAGCAACACACUGUGUACACAAUGUACAGGUAAGGUUUACAUAUCAAGGGACUUCCCUGAGAAUGAAAUCCAUUACAUGGCCUUGGUUGAGUUGUGGAGGUUGGGCGGCUCAGCACUGGGGACGGGUCAACCAUUUUAUUUGAUAUAUGAAACCCUGGCUUCCAUAAUCUGACCAUGCUGUACAAGCGAGACUGUGAAUGCAAAAAUAUUAUGCCUACUGUAUAUUGAAUUAAACACGAUUGAUUGAUUUCUAGCAUGA